GGGCUUUUCUCACUCUCUCUCGCUCACGGUCCCAUUUUAAUAUCGCAUUAUCUCUCGUUCCGCACUCACGCCUAGCACUGGGGGUUGUGCUUUUUUUCGGCUCGGGAAUGUUGCACGCAGUGUCAGUUUAGCUGUGGUUGCCGUCGACAGUGCGUACGCAUUCGCUUUUAGCGCCAUUUCUACGAAACGUGUCUCGGCGUCGGACGUACGCGCAUUCCAAGCUGCUGGUGGUUACGAUUUUGUGCUUUUGUGCCUUUCCGCGAUCGCAUCGUACGAGCUGGUGCGUGUAUUUAUUUAGUGCAGAUGCAUUCUCGGUGCAGUGUUUGCAUUUGAACAACCAAUUUGUUUAUGUGUGUGUGUGUUCGUGUGGGUGUUCGACGACCAGUAGUGGUCAACCGUCAACCGGUCAAUAGGUUAUUUGAUUGGGAAUUUAUUUGUCCCACCUCGUACCGUACGACUGUAUCAAUAUCUGUUGCAUCGAUUAGAUCGCGAACGGUCGUGGGCGAACGAAAGUGAAGCGGUGAUUGAGAGUGGAUCCCCCAAAAAAAAAUAAAAAAUAAACACCCGAGGGUUAUUUGCAGUUAGUGGUGACCUCCCCAGUUUAGUGUCUUUUCGAACCGGAAUGUCAAAACCAUUACGUGCAUUCGCUCAACCCAUAUGGUAGGCGAAUAAUUGCGAACAAGAGGGUCCACCUUUUUGUGCCGCAAAGUUUCGAUGUCAACUCCACCCGGCCGAUCGUCAUCGGUGCUGUUUAACGUUUGCUUUCCUUCCACAAGUAUUGGUGCAAUUUCGUUCGAGUAAACAGUGUUACCGAAUGGUUGGCACAGGAAGCUGGCCGGGGGUAAUAAUGUUUGCAUAGGCAACAUCAAAUCAACCAAACAGCUGGUAUAUGAGCGCACAACCCACGCUGACGGUGAUAAGAAGCAGUAAGGAGGUUGUUUACCUGCACCGGUCCUUCUAAUAAAUCGUGUGUGAUAAGAUAAGGUGAUUCAGCAGGGAAUAAACAGCUUGGUACUGUGUGAUAAAACUAUAUGCAUUAGGUUGGCGGCUUUUGCUCACUAAAGUGCGUAAGCUUCGUGCUGAUAUAGAUUAUUGGUGAACGACUUAAAAUUCUAGCAGCUUCUGAAGAGUUUGAAAUAUUUCUUCACGUAGAUUGGAUUUUCCAGUAAUUGAUGCGAAAAAAAUAUUUCUUUAAACACUGUCAGUAACACUAUGUAAUUUGGGCGUUGGGGCCACCUUCGGCGAGUCCAUCCUGCACGAUCUGCCCCGGGACAGUACGGUAGUGACGAAAACAACCUGCGAGCUGCUGCGAGUGGAGCAGCAAGAUUUCAGACUGAUUUUUGAGAAAAAUAAAGAAUUAAUGAACGACAUAAUCACAAACUGUAGGCUAAAAAAUGGAUUUGGUCAGAGCAUGCAGACGACCAGCACGGUCCAGACGAACGUGCAGCAGCAACCGUCGCCAACGAAAAAGCAGCUCAGUCCGGAUCAUCCAAAUCCUGCCGCACCAAUUACGGAGAUACCAAGCCCCGCAAUGUCUCGCAUGGGCUGGGCCCUUCGGACUCUUCUAGUGUCAGACAAUACAAGCUGUUUAAAGGACCGAAAGGUGGGUGGAAAAUUCAUAAGGAAAUGUGCGCCCGGCACGGAGCUGGUCGAAUGGUUGCUGAAUCUCUCACCGAUCGUACACACGCGAACACAGGCCGCCGGCAUGUGGCAGGCGCUGCUCGAGGAAGGUGUCUUGUGUCACGUGGCAAAAGAGCAACCGUUCAAAGACAAGUGCUUUCUGUACCGCUUCAAGUCGGACGAGGAUGGUACGGCCGGCGGUGCACCAACGUCCGACGAUGUUAACCACGCGAACGAUCACAUCCGGGAGUCACUUCCGGCGCUGCUGCAUCGCGGCCCGGAUGCAACGCUUCGUAUGAUUUUGCGAAAACCAUCGCACGAACGUACGCAGGAGGAGCUGGAGCUAGUUUACGAGGAGCUGCUACAUAUCGCCGCCCUGUCGCACCUGUCAACCUCCAUCAAGCGGGAGCUGGCCUCCAUUAUCGUCUUCGAAGCACACGCACAUGCCGGCACCGUAUUAUUUAACCAAGGCGACGAAGGACGAUCAUGGUACAUCCUGCUGAAAGGUUCCGUCGAUGUAGUUAUCCACGGUAAGGGAACGGUUGCGACGCUCAAGGAAGGAGAUGACUUCGGCAAGCUGGCACUCAUCAACGACGCACCCAGGGCGGCCACGAUCGUGCUGAAGGAGAACAACUGUCUUCUGCUGCGCGUGGACAAGGAACACUUCAACCGUAUUCUACGCGAUGUGGAAGCGAACACACUACGGCUACAGGAACAUGGAAAGGACGUACUAAUACUGGAACGGGUUGCCAAACAGCGAGGAUACUCGGCAUUCAAAUACACGGUUAUGUCUGGUACGCCUCAGAAAAUGCUAGAACACCUGCUAGAGACCCGACUCGGUGGUCAAGCUGGACCAAAUGAUCCGUUUCUGGAUGACUUCCUGUUGACGCAUAUCGUCUUCAUGCCGACACCGUUGCUGAUUGACGAGCUGGCCGCCAACUAUCAUGCUGAUGCGGACAUUGACCUGCGGCAGGCUAGUGAAGAAGAUCAAGAAUAUUUCCUAACCAGCAAGCGGCGCGUGGUACAGUUUAUUCAACGGUGGGUGCUAGCCGUUCGGCAUGCCGUGUUCGAUGAUCCGUUAGCAGUAGAAUUUAUAGAGGAGCUGGCUACGGACGUUGAGGCGGAACCGGCACUGCAGGAGGAAGCAAGUAUCAUACAUCACGUGCUAACGCAAUUAUCCCGAUAUCAGGAGGACCGUCAGAUGAACGCGACCCAGAAAUGGAAGCUCCCACCCAACGGGCAGCCAAUCUGCCUGUUCAGUGGCAACACACACUCAAAGACUGUUAUACGCCCGGAUGACGAUAUAAUUUUCCGUGUGUACUGCGCCGAUCAUACGUACUGUACCCUGCGCUUCCCGAUGGCCACCACGGCCGAGGUAAUUAAGGCCUGUGCCGCUGAUAAGCUACAGAUCGCCCGACUACCAGAGGAUCUGCUUCUGGUGGAAGUGAAAUCCAGUGGAGAGCGUGUCGUAUUUAAGGACAACGAUGUUAGCGUACCGACGGCACUCAGCUUGAAUGGACGAAUUUUCGUCUCACCCAAGGACCAUCUGGAUGCACUGACACCUCUACCCGAGCAGGAAGUACCGACCGAAGCUCCGGAUGUAGACUUUGAAGCAUUAUCAACCAAGGACGUCGCCUAUCAUAUGACACUGUUCGACUGGGAUCUCUUCUGGGCUGUGCACGAGUACGAACUGCUGUACCAUACCUUUGGACGACAUCAUUUCAAUAAGAUCACCUCAAAUUUGGACGUUUUUAUCAGACGAUUCAACGAAAUACAGUACUGGGUGGUGACGGAGAUCAUCUCAACGACAAAUCUCACUAAGCGGAUGUCUUUGGUGAAAAAGUUCAUCAAACUAGCCGCAUUUUGCAAGGAGUAUCAGAACCUGAACGCAUUCUUUGCCAUCGUGAUGGGUCUCUCGAAUACGGCCGUCUCGCGACUAUCGAUGACGUGGGACAAACUACCGUCCAAGUUCCGGAAGCUGUUCACCGAGUACGAGGCAUUGAUUGAUCCGAGCCGGAACCAUCGUGCUUAUCGCAUGUCAGUUGGAAAGCUACAACCGCCAGUUAUUCCCUUCAUGCCGCUGCUGCUCAAGGACAUGACGUUCGCUCACGAGGGCAACAAAACCAGCCUGGACGGGUUGGUUAACUUCGAGAAGAUGCACAUGAUGGCCCAAACGAUGCGUGCGGUACGGUUCUGUCGAUCCCGUCAUCUUGUGCUCGAUCCACCGUCGCCGAAAAAUGAGAACGAAAUCCGCAACUAUAUCCGCUGCUUCCGGACGAUCGAUAACCAAAGAGUGCUCAACUCGAUGUCACAGAAGGUGGAACCGCGUCGAUCCUAAGACGAUCGAUAUCAGUGCAGACAAACUCACCGCCGUGUCCCAGGUGAUCCUAACAAGUUGCAUCAAACGUCAAACACCCAUCCCUACACCCGGUUCAGGAUGGAACCGUUCUGGUCAAGCUGGUACCGAGAGACCAAAUCCCGACUGCUGCGCGAUUGUACACACCAAGGAGCGCAGCAGAGCAGCCACAAUCCACCCUUACCGGAAGUUAUCAUUUUUCAUGUUCCGGUUUGAUACGGGGAAAGCAAAAUGGAUACCAAUACCCAAGCACACCGAUACAUUUAGGUUCGUUUUUUUGUGUGUGCAAAAAGUAUGCUAGUAAGAUACCAUUUCCAAUGGAAGACACUCGAUACGAAGUGCUUCAAUAUUUUUGCAUCUUGUUGAAAGUAUUUAUUAAUUCCAUUCGCCAACUUUCCGUUCUCAUCGUUUUUAAUCUGUUGUGAUUUUGGAUCCGAAAUGGAUAAAUUCAUCUCAAUAUUGCUUUUGUAAUCUAAUCUUACCAAAAACAAAUGUUUUAACAUUUCUUACAAAACCCACACUACAUACCUGUCUACAUCUUUCGAUAACUAUUUUGUAAUGAAGUAUUUAAGUUGUAUUUUGUUUUUAGCUUUUUCUCGUGAAUAAACCACUCGACGUUAAAGUAUUGUAAUUGGUUUUGUUUGUUUUUUCUCUCUCUCUUCUUCUAAUUUAUUCUAUCUUUUUCUUGGCUCAUGUAAAUGCAGCCGUCAGUUGCAAGAUGCACUUAUUAAACUCAAUGCACAACCGCUAAGUCUAUCUCAGCAUGCAAGCUCAUAGAAUAAAGGGGAAAAGGUGCAUGUUUCUAGUAAAAUUUUUUUAUUACCUUUGGAAUAUCUUUAUGAGUAAAACACUCUUUACAAAGCAUCCCCUCAAUGUAUGCGAUGUUUCGGAAAGGUUUCCUUGUAGUACGAAUGUGCCACAAAUGAUUUUACUUGGGGGACGCUCUGUUUAAUUGAUGAUGAGGUAUUUAAUCAGAUAUACCAAGUUCAGAGCGACACCUCAUACAAUCCACCGAUCAUUGAAGUAGUGAUAAUAGAAACUUUCUCAUUUUUAAUAUUAUGCUAAAUUCUUGUUUUGCUUAUGCUUCCAAUUUCUUUGUUAUAAGUUUUGUUGUAUUUCUCCAAUAUUGAUUUUAUUGCAAUGCAAAAUAGACUAAACAAUAUAUUACACAUAAACAACAAAAAAAUGUUCGCCAAUGUCAAUAUCAAGUGCAUGUUAAUGUAAGUCACCAGAAACGCUAAAACUAAACUAUUUUUCAAAAUAGAAAACAAGAAAAUGGAAACGCUAUUUACAAAAUGAGGGACUGAAAGGUCACUUAUACGUAUAUUUACACAAAGUGCUACAAUAAGCAUACGCUCGCAACUGCUCCUUUAAAGUCCUACCUACAAAUGGAAAUCUUUGGCUGGUCCAAAGCUGGAAAUCCAUUGCCCCCAUCCAUUACUUCGCUCUUUUGCCGCCUGUAACUGUAGGCUUCUUCUCUUCAAACAACAUACAAUUAAUCACCAGCAUAAUAGUCGCUCAAGAAAUGGCACUUUAUUUUGCAGAACAAAAUAAAAACAGCCCACAUCAUCUUUGUUAGCGUAAAUGUGUUGUUAGCUUGUAAGAAAAACGCCCAAAAAUACAACCUAUCCACUAAUGGAAUAUUACACCCAAAACACACACCGAACAUCCGAACAAAAAGAGGAAGCAAACAUAACGAACAUACGCAUGUCCAUGUGAUUAGCCGACAAUCUUUUCCAACAAAUAUAAUAAACAUAUAAAAAGAUAGAAUAACAACAUAUUCCGUCGAUGUGCAAAAAACCAAUUUGAAAAUGUAAUGAAAAUAGUAAUACAAAAGCUCCAGACUACUAACCACAUACCAAACGUAGUACUUACUGUUUUUGGAUGUAGUGCAGAAUACUACUAACGUUUACAUAGAAAAAAAAUUACACCGGAACACCUCUUCUUGCUAUCUGGGUUUCAGCAAAACCAAAUCACUUCACCAAUGUCCUACCGUCGUUUGACACAAUUCUAACUUUUUCGAUUCUGUAUUCCUUCUUCCGUGACCGAGACAGAAACGUAAAGAUAAAAACAAACAAAAAAUCGUUUCAAUGUGAAUGUGAUCCUACGUAAAAACAAUAGUAAAUAGAAAACCGAUCGUGUAGCAGAUAGAUGAUCGUUAAAAUGUAAAAGAAGGUACUAAUAGUGGUUAUAAAUAGGAAAACGAGAGAACACAAGAUAAAAGUAAUGGAGAGUGAGAAAGAGAGAUUUACUCAAAAUGUUUAAAAAAUUGAACAUGAAAAUUUUCUUCUUUGAGUUUUUGUAACGCUCCAGAACGAAUUGUUUUAAUCAUUCGUAUUAAUAUAAUAUUUUCUCUAACCAUUAAAAAGACAAUCAUGUUUCGUACAGUGUAACGUGUAUGAUAAAAAAAAAACAUUUCUUUCCAUUAACCUAAACCUCCCGAAGCAAACGUUUGUAACAGGAAAACAUGAAUGUUACCUAGUAGAGGAGUAAUGUGUCAUAAUCGUUUAUAUGAAUGUUCUGAAGAUGAGUGAAGGUAAAUAAGACAAGACACUGGAUUGAAUAUAAAAAGAAAAAAAACAAAAUGGUGAUUAUUUAAAGAUGGUUAGCCGUAGGAAACUCUUUAAAUCCACAAAACUCGUGAACACAACGCAUGUUUCACUACUGUACCUUGCUGAGACUAAUACUUCGUUUUGAUAGUGAAGACGAUAGAUAGGACAAAAAAGAGAUAUAUCUGUGAAUGAAACAAAGAGAGAGAGAGAGCAAACCGAUAGAGAAAGAGAAAGAGGGGGAAAAGUUGGAAGUUAAAUGUUGUAGAAAACCAAAAACAAAAACUAUUGCCACAAAUGUUAGCGUCUUUAUCGACAAUCAUUCAAAAGGGUAGAUCACCCUGGUACGACAUACAUUUCGAUACUAUCAUCACCUAACCGACAUACUAGAAAUGUUAAUUGACAUUCUUUGUUUACUGUUUCAUACAUCAAAGUAUUAAAUUAUAAUCCAUCCUACUAGUAUACUAAUUUUGGGUUUAUCAUAUAUUGAAUAAUACAAAAGUGUAGCGCAUUAGCAAUUAAAUCUAAAGUAAUUUAUGUUUUUGUUUUUUUUCUGCUAAAACUCACACUAAAGCUCACACCAAUGUGUAUGUAUGCCUAAAUCAAACAAAAAAAAACACACACACACACACAGAAAACCACAAGGAGAUAUCAAACGAAAUGGCAAAGAAACUGUAAGGUUAACUCCAAUUUGAAAGCCAACAUGAAUUAGCGAGCAGAAUUAGCCGGGAGGGAGGGCCCCCUGCACAUAGCGGCGGGCGGGAGUCGUUAUUUGUAGAGAAGAAAUAUAGGGCGGCAAAUGGAUUUUUAAGUUUUGCGAUCGCUAUCGCUUAGCAUUGCUGAACAAACGCAGUUAUUUACCAAACCAAACAGAAUGGCUACAGCUGUGGACAAUCUCGGUAAAGUUGUUUUGCUUUUCAAAAAGACCCACAAAGGCGGCUCCUUUGGCUCAUUCCGGCACGAAUCCCUUUCUGUGCACGUUAGCGUUAGCGUUACAUUUCUUUCCUUCACCCGCUCUGCCCGAUUUGUAUGGAACACUUUGUUUUUGGGUGGACGGUGAUGACUCGCUAGAAGUAAUAAAGAAAAAUCAAACCCCCGGUAGCCAUUGUGCGUAGUGUGCAAACAGUAGUGAAACGUAUAAACAUAAAUGUAAUUAAUGUGUAUGUGUUAUGUGCUGUACAUUGGGAUGUCAUACGAAAAGAAGACACAUUCUAAAAACACAGUCUCCACCGGAAUGCGGAACGGACGAAUAUUGAGGGGGGAAAGCUGAAAGGGAGCACAGAACAGAUAGAACGGUUACUUAAUUGUACUAAAAUACACUAUCAGUAACACUAACAUGUGCAUGUUCCAUUUACCUUAGAAAAUAAGACAUUAAGGAAUUUGUGAAUCCUUCUUUCACUCUCACCCUCUCUUGGAACGAUCAGAGGAAACGAUCGCACGUCAUGUCAUGAAUGAUAAAGUCCUUUUUCUACACAGCUAGUUGAUCUGUUUGUUGGAAACGUUUAUUAAAGUGUUUAGCCGGGAGCGGGAGAUUAUUAACACACGAGGUAGGAGUUUGUAGAAAUUGUGGUUUACCUUCUGAAUAGGAAUUGGUAAUGAUAGGAAGCGUAGCACAACUCUCUCACCUUAACCAUCUUUCUGCGUUGAAGAGAGUUGGUCAAACAUUUUCAUAACUAAGCUAGGCUAACAGGCAGAACUAUUGGAUAAACUUUUUUUUCUAGUACAUAGUACACCACUGUACACCACUAUCGAAUAAAGCGAAUAUAUGAGAAUGGACAUAUUGUACAAGAGGGUUUUAGAAUGGGGUAUGCAAAACCAUCCCUAGGAAGACUCUUAACAUACUCAAGAAACCAUUUCUGUAUCAUACUUGGUAGCUAUGAAUUUAACAAUUUAAAGAUUCUAUCGAUAAAAGUUCUUACUUCACGCCACUUACACGCCUACUUACUUGCCCGUUUACGGCGUGAAGACACAUUAAAACGCAAAAACCACUAAGAAUACAGAAAUAGUAGUCAACAAAAGUAGAAAUAUUAUUCUAAACAGGUAGAUGGGAAAUCAAAUUGUCCAGCACUGUGAGCGCAAGCGGGUGGGACGAUGCCGUUGAGUGUGUUGUGCGUGUGUGUGGUAUGAACAAGUGGCAAAUAUGAAUGCCCCAUGCAAUGGACAUGAAAUAAUAAAGUAUUUUCAAAUAUUUUCUCUUUUCAAA